GACAGAAAAAACCACGCAGCCGAAUUCCACAGAGAGAACUCAAAAACUGGAGUGGGGGCUUAUUUAACUUCCCUUCUUCCCCCCAAAAAUUUUCGCUUUUCCCGCGGCACUUUCCCUCUCCUCUCUCUUCUCUCUCUCUCUCCCACUGCCCAUGGAAUUUUCAACUCUCGAUAUGGAAUUGACGCAUUUAGAUUCUUUGCUCUCAUGGACGUUGUAGCUCCAACCCCUUUGAUUAAGAUGCUAGCACGCCAUUAACACUCCAUUUGCUUAUUCAACUGAUUCACUUCGCUAUGCUGGUUGAAACUAUCUUCAUUUGAUAUUGAUGGACUGUCAGCAGCAUGAGUAGAAAAAUAUGUUAUUACAGCUUGUUCUGUGUUUGAAAAUUUAAAUGGUUAAUACUUGAACGUGGUAGUAAUGGAGUGCAACAAGGAAGAGGCCGUCAAGGCUAUGCAAAUUGCUGAGAAGAAGCUGGAAAACAGUGAUUAUAUUGGGGCGAGGAAGAUGGCUCAGACAGCACAUAGACUCUUUCCUACCCUUGAAAACAUUACUCAAUUGCUAACAGUAUGUGAGAUUCACUGUUCAGCACAGAAUAGAAUAUAUGGAUCUGAAAAUGACUGGUAUGGGAUUCUUCAGAUUGAACAAUCAGCAGAUGAAACAACUAUAAAAAAGCAAUACAGGAAGCUUGCAUUGUUACUGCACCCAGAUAAGAACAAGUUUGCUGGUGCAGAAGCAGCUUUCAAACUAGUUGGUGAAGCCAAUAGAUUGCUUUCUGAUAAGUCAAAACGAAGGUUAUAUGACAUGAAGUAUGGAGUUGCAAGAAGAAAUAUUGCACCUUCCAAGCCAUCUCAUGAUCAGCCAAAUGGAUAUGCAACUGUCAACAAGCAAGCCAGUGCAACUGCGAAUGGUUUCUCGAAUGUUCCUUACUCAAAUUUCCCUGGGAGUAAUUCUUUUAAACCACCACAAAUGCAGGCUUUCUGGACUUGCUGCCCAUUUUGUAAUGUGAGGUAUCAGUAUCUAAAAUGUUAUCUAAACAAGAUGUUGCGUUGCCAGAAUUGUGGUAGAGGCUUCAUCUCUCAUGAUCUGAAUAACCCAACUGGGCCUCCAACAUUCCACCAAGGUCAUGUCCCUCAGAAGAAAGUAGCUCCUGAGUCAGGACCUUCAAAAUCUGCUGCACAAAGCAAACGUUGUUCUGAUAAGAAAUCCCAGGAUAGUUCUGCCAGAGUUGAUCGAGUGCCAAGCGCAAGUAACACUGCUGGGAAUGAUUUGAAAGCUAAAUCUGGAAAAAAACAGAAGGCAGAUGGGGAUGUGAAAUAUGGACAAAGCAAUGGUGUUAAGCCUAAAUCAGAUGCAGAGAUGAAUGGGAAAGAAAAUUCCAGGUCUGAUGCAGCAACGGGCAUGAAAAAAGGAGUGCCUAAGAGUGAAAAUAAGAAGAGACAACGUAAGUCAGCCAACAACUCUGAAAAUUCCAUAGAAGAUGAAGAUGACAGUAUAUCUGAGGAGCCCAGCCUGAGCAGAAACAAUUGUCAAAGGAGAUCUUCAAGGAACAAGAAGCAUGUUUCCUACAUGAAAUAUUUAAGUGAUGAUGAUGAUAAUUUACAGAGUCCAAAGAAGUCUAGGGGCGGUGUGUCAUCCACUGACUUGAAAGAGAAAAUGAAAGAUGCUACUUCAGAUGCUGCAGCAUCCAAAGUUGGCAACUCUUCGGUUCUUCAUGAUACUGUUGAUGGUCAUAAAAAGGACAUCAAGUUAGAAGUACCUGCUCCCCAUUCGGAAGUGUUGCCUAACACAAAUCCUAAAUAUGAGAAAUUGAAGGUAAUGAGAGAAGGAACAAACAUAUCAGAUAAAAAUGACAAAAAAUCUGAAGUUGAGGAUGUUGAUGCGGAGAGAAGCAAUGUGAAAGAAGUACAUGUUUUGGUGUGUGAUGAUCCUGAAUUUAGUGAUUUUGAUCAGUAUAAGGGGGAAAAUUGUUUUGCUGUUAAUCAGGUAUGGGCUAUAUAUGAUUCCACAUGUGGCAUGCCAAGAUUUUAUGCCCGCAUUAAAAAAGUGUUCUCCCCUGAAUUCAAGCUCCAGAUUACUUGGUUUGAACCAGAUCCCGAUGACAAAGAUGAAAUUGAUUGGUGCGAUGCAGAAUUGCCAGUUGCAUGUGGCAAGUAUACACUAGGAGGCACCGAGGAAACUGUUGAUCUUCCCAUGUUCUCUCAUUUGAUACAUUGCCCGAAACGUGGACCGAGGCGUGCUUAUUUGAUGUAUCCAAGAAAAGGAGAAACUUGGGCUCUUUUUAAGAACUGGGAUAUUAGAUGGAGCUCUGACCCAGAAAACCAUGCAAGUUUUGAAUAUGAAUUUGUUGAAAUCUUGUCAGAUUUUGUCGAGGAUGCUGGCAUCUCGGUUGCUUACAUGGACAAGGUCCAAGGGUUUGUCUGCUUGUUUCAGACUACUGAGGAGCAUAAGCUCAGCUCCUUUCAGAUUCCACCUAAACAUUUGUACAGAUUUUCUCAUCAAAUUCCUUCAUUUAGAAUGACUGGGAAGGAAAGAAAAGGUGUUCCAAAAGGAUCAUUCGAAUUAGAUCCUUCCGCUCUACCAGCCAAUAUUAAUGACCAUGAUGAUCUUAAUAAUGUCAAUGGAGAGACUGAUGAUCGUAAAUCCAAUGAAACGGAAGUAGAAGUGACAAGCUUUGAAAAUAAUCCGGCUGCAAAUGUUCAGAAGAAGAGUAACCCAAAGAAGAGUAUUCCAAGAAGUGAGGAUUUGAUUCUACGAAGAUCUCCAAGAAAGUCACACCCGUCCGAAAAUGGCGCUCAGGUAAACACAGUGCCUGAAGAUGAUGGAAGUAAAGAUGCAAGUCAAAAGGGCCUAUCGACACAGAAGGAUGGAAGUAAAGAUGCAAGUCAGAAGGGCCUAUCGACACAGAAGGAAGGCAGCACGAUUCAUACAGAUGAAGGAAUAAACACUCCGAAGAAACAUGGCAAGAACGGCAUUGAGAGAGAAACAAUGAUACUUAGAAAAUCACCUAGAGAUUUGAACAAGAAAAAUGCAGGAAAGCGUCUGUCGAUGUGUUUCUGAGUUUCGAAGAUUCUUGCUGAAGAAGACAUUGACUGUGCUCAUGCCUCUUACAGUGGAAGGUCGAGAGGCUCAGGCUGUUUGGUGGGGCUUCAUUUCUAAUUUCUUGGUUCUGAUUUGAAAAUUGAUCUGCAAAAAGCAGGAUUUGUAAAGUUGAUUCUCCAACAUUUUAGUGUUAGGAGUAGGGUUAUGUUAUAGAGAGAGGGCUUCAUCUGCCAUGUUUGCUCUUUGAGAGGAUUAUCAUGUUAAAUGGAUUUUGGGAUGAAAAUGUUGAUGGAUGGAGAGGGAAAAGCCUUUUGAUAUGUAACCACUAAAUUUGAUCUGAGUUCUGAUCUUCUUUAUUGAUUAUCAUACAUCGACUUGAUUGUUGGAGUUAUUUC